GGAAGAGGACUGAGGGAGAGGACCGUUGCCUUCGUCGCGCUCACUUGCUCAUGAAAACCUUCACACUAACAACCGCAUUGGCUUCGAUUUCAACAACUAACGUUUGAACCUGAUGGACUUUUGCCCUGGAUUGUUUUGAUUUUCAAUUUUACGCACGCCCAGUUGCACCCGGAGCUGCACAUCUCCCUUCGGGGCAAAAAAAAAAAGUUUUCUUAAAGUCCUGGCCUGACUCACACUCCACAUCAAAUCAUGGGGCAUGGACAAACAAUGAAAGUUAUGUUCUUCAAUCCAGGAAGUCGCCGCAAAGAAAACACCCAAGAUGCACCUUUGAAUCAUUGAUCCACGUAGCACUUAACGUGGCCAUCAGAUAUUUUUUAUCUUCCAGUUGGCUUGAAGUAUAGAUUGCAUUUAUUAUCAAUAUUUAAUCAGAGAUAAAAAAAAAUCAAAAAUUUAAGCAAUGGGGAUUAUACGAUAUAUCAGAUGCAUCUUAGAAAGUUGCCCUAAGCAAAUAUUUGUGUCACUUUAAGAGGGCCUGAAUCAAGUUCAAAUCGCUUCCAGGGACUUUCCGUUAUUCCCUACAAUGAAUCCAAACAGUCGCCCUGGGAAAGUUCUCCUUCUGCUAAGUUCUGUGCUGGCCCUGAGUGUGGGAUUAGAGUUUACUGGCUCUGAAGGUCAGUGGGCUCGAUACCUACGCUGGGAUGCCAGCUCUAGAAGCGACCUGACCUUCCAAUUCAAGACCUCCCAAUCAGAAGGCCUCAUGCUUUACUUUGACGACGGCGGAUAUUGCGACUUCUUACUCCUCACUCUAUCCGAGGGCAGGAUGAAUCUUCGCUUCAGCAUCGACUGCGCCGAAACCACCAUCACGUCCGCUAAAAUGGUCAACGACAGCCGCUGGCACUUUGCCGCUAUCAACAGACACAAUUUGCGGACCGGCUUGUCCGUGGACGGCCAGACCAAGACGGCGGAGGUGCGGCCUCAGCGGCAGUUCAUGAAGAUCAUAAGCGACCUAUUCCUCGGUGGACUUCCAGGAGACAUCCGCACGUCUGCCAUUACCUUGCCCUCCGUCCGUGAGCUAAAACCAUUCAAGGGGAUCAUCACCGACCUUAUCUACGGAAGUAAACUUCCCGCACUCAUCAACAGUCAGAAAGUCCGUUUAGAGAUGUUAGGCCUUUGCACAGAGAACCCUUGCGAGAAUGGAGGAAUCUGCUCACUGGCAGAUGGAGAAACCUACUGUGAUUGCUCCAGGACUGGAUUUGUUGGACCAUACUGCACUGAAGCAGUCCAUAGAACACCAGGCCUCGCACACCUGAAGGCAGAGCAAGCGAGGGAAGAAAAUGUGGCUACCUUCCGGGGCUCUGAGUACUUCUGUUACGACCUGUCGCAGAACCCAAUCCAGAGCAGCAGCGAUGAGAUCACGUUGUCCUUCAAGACGUGGCAGCGCAACGGCCUUUUGCUCCAUACGGGGAAAUCAGCAGACUAUGUCAAUCUGGCGCUUAAAGAUGGCGCCGUUUCCCUCGUCAUCAAUCUGGGUUCCGGGGCCUUUGAGGCCAUCGUGGAGCCCGUCAAUGGAAAAUUCAACGACAACGCCUGGCACGAUAUCAAAGUCACACGCAACCUGAGACAGCAAUCAGGCAUUGGACACGCUAUGGUAAACAAACUACAUUGUCUGGUGACAAUAUCCGUGGAUGGGAUCCUCACCACUACUGGCUACACCCAAGAAGACUACACCAUGCUGGGUUCUGACGAUUUCUUCUAUGUGGGUGGGAGCCCCAGCACUGCCGACCUUCCUGGAUCUCCAGUUAGCAACAAUUUCAUGGGCUGCCUCAAAGAGGUGGUGUACAAAAACAAUGACAUCCGGUUGGAACUUUCCCGCCUGGCUCGGAUUGUAGACCCAAAGAUGAAACUUCAAGGCGAUGUGGUGUUUAAGUGUGAAAACGUCCCGACCCUUGACCCCAUCAACUUCGAGACACCCGACUCCUACCUGGCCUUGCCAAAAUGGAACACCAAACGGGUCGGCUCGAUCUCCUUUGACUUCCGAACCUCCGAGCCUAACGGCUUAAUACUUUUCACCCACGGCAAACCUCAAGAGCGACGUGAUAUCAAAUCCCAGAAGACCAAUAAAGUGGACUUCUUUGCCGUCGAGCUUCUGGAUGGGGUUCUCUACCUCGUGCUGGACAUGGGUUCUGGUACCAUCAAGGUGAAAGCGACACAGGCAAAAGUGAAUGAAGGAAGCUGGCAUCAUGUGGACAUCCAAAGAGACGGCCGCUCAGGUAUCAUCUCUGUAAACACCCGGCGGACACCUUUCACAUCCGGUGGAGAAAAUGAAAUCUUAGACCUGGAGGGAGAUCUUUAUCUGGGUGGGCUUCCUGACACCCGUGCAGGUUUGGUACUCCCAACUGAGCUCUGGACGGCGAUGCUAAACUACGGCUACGUGGGCUGCAUUCGGGAUCUUUUUAUCGAUGGACGAAGCAAAGAUAUUCGACAGAUCGCCGUAUCCCAGAACGCGACUGGUAUUAAGUCGUCUUGUAGUAAAUUGAUGGGGAAGCAGUGCGACAGCAACCCUUGCAAGAACAGCGGGGCGUGUAAGGAGGGAUGGAACCGCUUCAUAUGUGACUGCACUGAAACAGGCUUCUGGGACAGCACUUGUGAAAGAGAGUCAUCCAUCCUUUCCUAUGAUGGCAGCAUGUACAUGAAGGUGGUGAUCCCAAAUGUGGUGCACACAGAAGCGGAGGAUGUCUCACUUCGCUUCAUGUCCCAAAGGGCGUUCGGUCUGCUCAUGGCAGCCACAUCUCGCGAGUCAGCAGACACCUUACGACUGGAGUUGGAGAGCGGAAGGGUCAAACUGACGGUCAACUUAGACUGUGUCAGGAUAAACUGUAACACCAGCAAAGGUCCUGAGGCUCUUUAUGCUGGACAAAAGCUCAACGACAACGAGUGGCACUCGGUGCGAGUUGCCCGUCGGGGUAAAUUCAUCAAGCUCAUUGUGGAUGACGACAUGGCCGAAGGCCUGAUGGUAGGCGAUCACACCCGUCUCGAGUUCAACAAUGUGGAGACGGGCAUCCUUACCGAGAGGCGCUUUGUGUCCUCCGCGCCGUCUUCAUUUAUAGGACACCUCCAGGGCCUCAAAUUCAACGGUAUGCAGUACAUCGACAUGUGCAAGAACGGCGACAUUGACUUCUGCGAACUCAACGCCCGUUUUGGCAUGCGCUUCAUCAUUGCCGACCCGGUGACUUUCAAGACCAAGGGCAGUUACCUGGGCUUGGCCACUCUGCAGGCUUACAGCACAAUGCACCUCUUCUUUCAAUUCAAAACCACCUCUCCCGAUGGCUUCAUCCUCUUUAACAGCGGCGACGGGAGCGACUUUAUUGCUGUCGAACUGGUCAAAGGGUUCAUCCACUAUGUGUUUGAUCUUGGGAAUGGCCCGAGUCUCUUAAAGGGCAACAGCGACAACUCGCUGAAUGAUAACCAGUGGCAUAACGUGGUGAUCACACGAGAUGCUUCCAAUACGCACACACUCAAAGUGGACGCCAAGUCGGUCACGCAGAAUGUCAACGGAGCAAAGAACCUUGAUUUGAAAGGUGAUCUGUUUGUCGGAGGUCUGGGACCUAACAUGUAUCAGAACCUCCCCAAGCUGGUGGUUUCUCGUGAAGGCUUCCAGGGUUGUUUGGCCUCAGUUGACCUCAACGGCCGCCUGCCGGAUCUCAUCAACGAUGCCCUUUUCCGUAGUGGGCAGAUUGAACGGGGCUGUGAAGGCCCGAGCACCACCUGCCAGGAGGACUCCUGUGCCAACAUGGGUGUGUGCAUCCAACAGUGGGAGAACUUCACUUGCGACUGCUCCAUGACUUCUUAUUCAGGGACUCAUUGCAAUGACCCUGGCACCACCUACAUCUUCGGCAAAGGAGGAGGUCUGAUCACAUACACGUGGCCUAAUAACGAAAGACCCAGCACGCGGACAGACCGGCUGGCCGUUGGUUUUAGCACCACCAUCAAAGAUGGCAUCCUCGUUCGCAUCGACAGUGCCCCGCGGCUGGGUGACUACAUCAUGCUCCACAUCGAGCAAGGGAAAGUCGGUGUGACCUUCAACAUUGGGACGGUGGACAUCAGUGUUAAGGAGCUUACGACAGCGGUAAAUGAUGGCAAAUACCAUUUGGUUCGAUUCACCAGGAAUGGAGGAAAUGCCACAUUACAGGUGGACAACUGGCCAAUCAAUGAGCACUUUCCUUCAGGGCGGCAACUCACUAUCUUCAACACCCAAGCAACUAUUUCCAUUGGUGGAAACGAUCGCAAGCGACCCUACCAGGGUCAGCUUUCAGGCCUCUAUUACAAUGGCCUGAAGGUUCUCAACAUGGCCGCCGAAGGCCACGUCAAUAUCAAGGUGAACGGCAGCGUUCGCCUGGUGGGAGAUGUCCCGGCCAGUAGGGGCGGGGCACGCACGACCACCUCGGUACCCCCCGAGAUGUCCACGACCUUUAUCGAGACCACCACCACCCUGUCCACGACCACCACUCGCAAACAACGCUCGCCACCCACUAUUCAGACAACAGAUGACAUAGUUUCAUCAGCCGAAUGCUCUAGUGAUGACGAGGAUCUGGAAGAGUGCGAUUCCGGACACACAGGAGGGGAGCUAGUCAUCCCCAUUUUAAUGGAGGAUCCCAUAGACAUCCCUUCUGUAUCCACCCGUUCUUCUUUCAUCUCCCUUCCCCCAACCCUCCACCCCCUCCUCACCAUUAUCGAGACCACCAAAGAAUCCUUGGCCAUGGCCACCGAGGCGGGGGUACCUUGCUUGUCGGACCGAGGCGGCGAUGAUUGUGAUGAUGUUGGUGAUGAUGAUGAUGAUGAUGGCAUGGUGAUUUCGGGGUUUGGCUCUGGCGAAGCAUUCGACUCUAGCCUGCCCCCGACUGACGAUGAAGAUUUUGACAACACCUUCUCCCUGGUAACAGAUAAGCUCUUGACCACAUCAACCUAUGAAGGCGGCUACAAAGCCCUCGCACCCAAGUGGGAGGCCAAGGACUUGAGGCCUAGCAAAGCCUCUGAGGCAGGUAGGACUACACCCACCUUGCCUCUACCCAACCCCCGGGGCACGCCAGCUGCGGCGGCCCCCUCGGCCAUACUUCCCAAGCUGCCCGCUGGGAAAAUGAACAACCGCGAGGUCAAACCCCCGCAGCCGGACAUAGUCCUGCUGCCCCUCCCCACAUCUUUGGAUUCGGACGGCACCAAGCCGCGGGGUCCUUACAUCACCUCGCCCAUGCUGCGCACGGUGCCCGCCGCCUUACCCACAGUGCCCGGCGUGGUGCGGCGAGUCCCGCCUGGGGCCUCGGAGGUCAUACGGGAAUCCAGUAGCACCACGGGCAUGGUGGUGGGCAUUGUCUCAGCUGCCGCCCUCUGCAUCCUCAUCCUCCUCUACGCCAUGUACAAGUACAGAAACAGGGACGAGGGGUCCUACCAGGUGGACGAGACGCGCAACUACAUCAGCAACUCGGCGCAAACCAACGGCGCCGUGGUGAAAGAUAAAGCGCCUAGCGGCGGCGCCAAAAGCAGCACCGCCAACAAGAGACCCAAAGACAAGGACAAGGAAUAUUAUGUAUAGAAUCCAAGUCAUUUCCCAACAAACUGUUAGAAACAAAUAUAGAAACAUUUUGACAGUACCAUAUUGGCAACUGUGAUCUCUUUGGAACUCUUUCCGAGUCGCUGGAACAUUUCCGCAAGAAAAGCAACAAAUAAGACUUGACAUGUGAAAGCACACUUACGAGUGUAAGAGUUCUGGAGAUGCACAUUUUAACUGGGACUCCACGUGGAUCUUUUAAAGGAGUUCCAGAGACUAUCGGAAGCGUGGGAAUCCACAGGACCCCGAAAAAAUCGGAGGUUUACGUGCGUGCGUUUGAUCCAUCGGAGUACUAAUGACCCCCGACCUUGUCUGUUGUAACCUUGUAAAAUACAAUCACUGUCAUUUGGGCCAUUGGGAGCUUGCAUGUGAGGUGUACGUGAUUGGUGCUGGCAUUUGUUGUCGGGGCGGGAUUUCAAGGUUGCGGGAAAGACGCAGUUUGAGGAUUCGUAGCUUUCAUGGACGUGGUUGAAGUGCAAAAUUUACGUCUUUUUUUUAAAUUUUAUUUUCAUUAUUGUAAGCAUUGGUUGUUGAAAGAUGGCAGCACACAAACACUGUGACCACCCAGUAGGAUGUGAUACAUCACUUCAUCUCAUGUUUUCCCUCAUAUUUUGAAAUACUGAAGUCAUUAUCUGAAAUUAUGUUAAGUAUAUCGCUGAUGAAUUCGUCCAAAAAGCUAAUUUGAUAUUUUAUUACAGAUGUUCUUUGCUGGUGUAUUUAGUGUUCUGUUUUUGUUUUUUUUCUACGUUUGUUUUGUUUGAAUUCACAACUGUAGCAAGAGUGAAGAUCUUUUGCCAGCACUGCCUGGAGAUAAAAUGAUCAAGGAUUUUUUUUUUAUGGUCAAAUAUUAAAUAAGAUUGGUUUUUCUUAGUGGAUUUUUGACUGUGCUGAAACUGUCACUCCGUGGACUAAUAACUGUUUUGAUGAUUUUCAUGGUAUAUAUGGAUUGAUUGAUUUUUUAGCAACAAUUGAAAAAUGCUGAAAAGAGGAAUAAAAUAGAGAUGAUGACGAUGAUGAUUUUCUUCUAUUGGGUUUGGAGAAGAAUUGCCAGCACCUUAACUUUCAGUUUCAUUUCUUCCUUGGUUUCUAACUGUGACACCUUUUUUGUCAGCUCAGCAUUUUGUAUUUGAUUUUCUUCUGUUGUUGUUGUAGCAGCCUAAUUUCAUGUAUUGUUUCUGCGAUAUUAUUAUUUUUGAUUUGUUACCAUUCCGUUACUUAUCGCUAAACCGUUCUUGUUUAUUUUCAAAUCGGUCAACUUUCACUCUGAUGUUUUUUGUGUUAGUACUUGACUCGUCUUCUGCUCCUCUGACUCCGAACCUUGAAAUUAAAAAGAAAAAUGUUGUUCCCAAACUUUUUCAAUUGUGUGUGCGCCUGUGAUAGUCUCAUUCGAGAGGGGAGAUAAAGGUGUGCAGAUAUCGUCUCCGCCAGCGACUAUUCACCAAAACACAUUUUCUCAACCACUUUCCAACACUUCAAUGGAUUCUUUUUAGA